AUGGUUUCCACUUCCUCAGUCCUUCCUUUGCACACCCUCUUCGUCACCGCGCUCAAGAAAGUUGCGGGACACAUUUCCUCUUUGCUUUGGCUUCUUCAGGGCGUGUUUGGUAAUAACGCCAGUGGUGACGCUGACGCCGUGUACUACGCUCACCACAUCAACGACAACGUGGCUGACACGGCGGGGCUGGACUCCGGUGCCCAAGCGCAAGUGAAAGGCGACGAUGACAACCCUUUAAAGUUCUUCACCUUCAGGUUGCCUAAAGAGCAGCAGUACAUGAUGGACGCUUACAACUCGUACGACGACCAGCACUGGGAUGUUUUUGUUUCUAGCGGCUCUGGUAACGUUGUGGGCACCUGCUACAGCGACGGCGAUGCUCCGCAAAAGGUGUCCAACACCGUGGCGAGAAUGAUCAAGUGCUCGAUCACCGAACCCCUCCAAUAA